AUGCCGUCUAGCGCUUGCUGCUCGAAUUGUUAUACAAAAUACUCCAUUCUCAACCCGGAAAUUACAAGAAUACCAAUCGCUGAUCCACCGAAAGCGCCACAUUCAGGAGCGGCCAGCACGUCUUCAACGAAUUGGUGGGGUGAUGGAUUACCUCCACCAUCAUUCAGGAGUGCUGCGGGUCAACCACAACCCAGACCCCGGGUCUCGCACCAUGCAAGGAAGGUGGAAGAUGUUAGACAACCACCUGCUAAUAAGGACACAGCUGAUCUGGAAACAAGGUUGAAGAGAACCCGUGAAGAAGAAGACCCCUCCAAGGUCCUGACACUCACUGAGAUCGAGGAGCGUUUGGCUGCCUUGCGAGGUUGUGAUGUCGAGCUCAUUCGUCGUCCACGCUGC